AUGUCCGAGUCCAAGUCUGUAAUUAGUAGUAGCGAGUAUGCGUUUCCUAGAGGUGGUUCUACGGCUUUAACGCCGUUGGAAGUCAAGGAGAUUUCCAAUGAAGCUACCAAAGAUGUGCUAUUUGAAGUUGCCAAUCUGAACAAAAGAUCCAAGAGUGGUCUGGGUUUGGAGGAGAAAUCAAGAAAGAAGCAGCGUAGAAGUGGUAAGAGCAGAUCUAGAGAGGAAGGGGACAAGGACGAAACCGAUGAAAACAAGGUGACUGUAGAAUAUUUAAAUUUUAAGAAUCUUUUACCGAAAUCAUUAGUCUUUGGCCAAAUACAGUCAGUUAACAAGUUGGACAUUGUGUUGGCAUUAGAGAACAAUUUAGUUGGGUAUAUACCUAUAACUUCGAUUAGUGCGGAAAUGACUGAUUUGGUUGAUAAAUUUGAGGAAGAGGAACAAGAAGAGGAAGAGGAGGAGGAGGAGGAGGAGGAAGAGGAGGAACAAGAAGAGAAUGACAAGAAGAUGAGCAAGGCUACAUUCACAACCAAAGAGGCAAAAGUAUUUCCCGAUUUAAAAUCGAUAUUCACAGUAGGAUCUUGGAUAAAAGCAAAAGUUGUCGAGGCAGACAAUAAAAGUAAGAAAAAAAGGAUAGAGUUAAACAUAGAACCAAAAGUUGUUAACGCCAACAUCGAGGAGGAAGAUUUAGUUCCAGGAAACGUAUUGCUGUGCUCGGUGAAAUCAAUCGAAGAUCACGGUGUGAUUGUAGAUAUUGGUGUCAAUGGCUUUUCUGGAUUCUUGUCCAACAAAGAAAUACAAAACGCCAAACAUCUUGAUCUAAACAAGAUAAGCGUUGGGCUAGUUAUUGCAUCUACAAUUGUUGCUAAACCCUCUGGAAGAAUAUUAACUUUGAAGCCGGUGGAUUCCACUUUUAAGAAACAACAAGCAGUGAGCAAGAUAGCAUCCGUUGAUUCUAUUCAACCUGGUAUACUCGUUGACGCUUUGGUCAGUGAGAUAGCUGAGGACGGGAUUUUAGCAAGAGUCUUUGGUUUGGUUGAUGCAAGUAUCAAUAUUUCGCAGCUACAUGUUUUUAGUGUUUCCGAUUUAAAACACAAAUAUGCCAUUGGAAGUACAAUCAAAGCCAGGAUUUUAGCAGUUUUAGAAAAAGGCGGAGUUAAGAAAUUGGUACUAUCUUUACUACCCCAUGUAUUGCAAUUAGAGGGCAAAUUACAAAAAGAAGAAGUGCUUGAAGCGUUUCCUAUAGGUCACAUAUUUGACGAAGUUGAGAUUGUUGGAACAGAUAGGAGUUAUAUUUAUGUUAGUUUCGGCUCGAAAGCUUUAUUUGGCCAGGUACACAACUCCAAUCUUGCUAGCAACAAGUCAUUGCUUGACUACACCAUAGGCAGUAAACACAAGGCGAGAGUUGUUGCGUUCAACACUAUUGAUAAUUUGUUAGUUCUUACCUUUGAUGAAAAAAUCAUUCAAGCAGAAUACCUAAGUGUAAAAGAUAUUCCAUUGGGGACAUUAUUGCCAAACUGUGAAGUUGUGAAGGUGUUACCUGAUAACGGAGGAAUCAAUUUGAAAAUCAAUGGCGGUGGUGUUGAAUUUAUUGGAACUGUUCCUCCAAACCAAAUGUCGGAUAUUAAGCUUGUAUAUCCAGAGAGGAAAUUCAAACCGGGCUCCAAAGUGAAGGGUAGAAUUUUAGGCCACAAGGGUAAGAUACCAUUGAUCACCUUGAGGAAAGCAUUGGUAAAUCUUGAAGAUGAUGAGAUACUUCUGAACUUUGAUGAUGCCAAAAUUGACUUUAGGACAAAUGCCACUGUGGAAAAAUUUGUUCAUGGUGGUGCAAUUGUUUCAUUCUUUGGUACCCUUCGAGCUUUCUUACCAAAGACGGAGAUUUCGGAAACCUUUGUUGAAGAUGCUAGUAAAUAUUUGAAACUUGGCCAAAUUGUCAAGGUUAAAAUAUUGGAUAUUAACAAAGAGAAAAAGAAAUUGAUUGUCACCUUAAAACAAUCGAGUGAAUUAUCGAAUGCACAGAAACUAGAAAUAUCACAGCUAUUGCCAGGAAGAUCCAUGGUCGAUGCUGUUAUAGUUGAGAAAAAGAAUAAUGCAGUUUUGAUUGAACUUGUUGGUGGUUCCAAUUUAAGAGGUGUUAUCAGCGAUGGACAUCUUUCAGAUGGAAACUAUGAGCAGAACAGAGCACUAUUUAAGAAGCUUGAGAUCUCAAGUAAAAUCCAAGCUUUGAUAUUGGAGAAGGAUUUAAAAGCAAGAACUGUUAUUGCCACAGCAAAGAAAUCCUUGAUUGAAGCAGCAAAGAGAAACCAAUUCCCAAUUGAUUUUGACGAUAUUCAGCCGAAUAAAGCUGUUAAAGGAUAUAUAAAAUCAGUCACCAAUCUCGGAUUGUUUGUUUCAUUUGCUGGAAGGUUAACUGGUUUGAUCUUGGCGAAAUAUGUAAGCAGGAAUUCAAAUGAAGAUUUGUCAAAAAAAUUUUACAAAUACCAGUCAAUCGCAUGUCGUGUAUUGAGCAUCGAUCAGGAGAAUAGGAGGUUCUUGUUAACAUUAACCGAUGGUAAGGAUUCUGAUGAUGAAGAGUUGGUGAAUCCAGUUGACUCUAGUAAGAAAUAUGUUGCUGAUUAUACAUCAGGAACAAUGACCAAAGCAGUUGUAAAAUCCGUUAAGGGAACUCAAUUGAAUGUUCAAUUGGCUGAUAACUUGCAAGGCCGUGUUGAUGUUACUCAGUGUUUUAAAUCUAGUGAUGAUAUUAGAAACAUGAAUCAGCCAUUGUCUGCAUUCCAUAAAGGAGAAGCGAUUGAGGUUAAGGUUAUCGGUGUACAUGAUGCUAAAACUCACACAUUUUUACCUAUAACACAUAGAAAAGCACAUAAUCAGACGAUUUUAGAGUUGUCUAUAAACGACCCGGUUAUUAAUGGCAAGGAGUUGAGUAGCUUAAGAGUUGGUGAUGUUAAGCCCGAUGAAGAGUUUUUAUCGUUUGUCAACAACAUUGAUCGUGGAUUUGUUUGGGUUUCUAUAUCUCCUGCUAUCCGAGGACGUAUCCCGUUUUUUGAUUUGACUAAUGAUGGGACUAUUUUCCAAGAUUUUGAAAACAAGGUUCCCAUUGGUUCUGCAUUGAAAGUCAAGGUGAAGGAAGUUGACGAGGAGCACAAUACUUUAUCCUUAGUGUCAAGAACAAAGUACAUUUCCAAAGUUGAAGAUGUUGCAAAAGGUGAAACAUAUCCGGCUAAAGUUGUUAAGAUUAAAGAUACUUUUGUAUUGGUUACUUUAGGUAACAAGGUGAUUGCAUCAUCAUUUAUAACUGAUGCUCUCAACGAUUAUACUGACAAACUAGACCAUGUCUUUCAUUCUAAUGAAUACGUUGCUGCUACAGUUCUCGAUGUUGAUGUCGAAAAUAAGAAAAUUUCCGUUAGUUUAAGAGACGAGAAGAAAGCGACAGAUAAGAUGAUCAGCACUGUUGAAGAUUUAGCGCGUGGUCAGAUUGUCAAAGGGUUCAUCAAAAACAUUGCCAGCAAUGGAGUUUAUGUUUCCCUUGGUCGAUCGGUGCAUGCUUUAGUUCGAGUCUCCGACCUCAGUGAUUUAUACUUAAGAGAUUGGAAAAAGUAUUUCAAGCAAAAUCAAUUAGUUACUGGUAAGAUUAUAAAUUGUAAAGAAAAAGGUAAAGUGUUGAUGACAUUAAAGGAUAGUGAAGUAAAUGGAGAUUUAAGGAUUUUGAAAAAUUUUGAUGAUUUGCAUAUUGGGGAUAUAUUUGAAGGGACUGUAACAAAGACAACUGAUUUUGGAGUGUUUGUUAAGUUAGAUGGUACUAUUAACAUUAGUGGGUUAUGUCAUAUCUCCGAGAUUUCUGAAAAUGACGUUAAAGAAGUUUCUAAAUUGUUUGGUGAGGGUGAUAGAGUAAAGGUUAAGAUUUUGAAAAUUGAUCUCGUUAAAAAACAAUUGUCGUUGGGUAUGAAAGCAUCUUAUUUUGCAGAAGGCAAGGGGGACGAAGAGGGAGAAGAUGUUGAUAUGGAAGACGCCGAAGACGAGGAGAACAAAGAGGAUAAUGAAGAUGAAGACGAAAGCAUGAGUGAGGACGAUGAUGACGAUGAUGUUAUCAUCGACGCCAAGGAUAACCGAGAUGAUGAGUCAGAAUUUGAGGAAGAAGGAGACAAUAAUUCGAACUCGGACUCUGACCAAGAAGAUACGGGUGUGUCGUCUACUAAUAUUGGCUUGUCGACAAACGGUUUCGAUUGGACAGCUUCAAUUUUGGAUCAGAACAAAGAUGAUUAUGAUUCCUCUUCAGAUGAAGAUGAAGAAACCAGAGAACUCAGCAGCGGCAAUAAGAAAAACAAAAAGAAAAACAAGCAAUCCAAGCAUGUUGAAGAUAAGACGAUUGACCUCAAUACCCGUGCGCCUCAAUCUGUUUCCGACUUUGAAAGAUUAUUGAUUGGUAAUCCCAACGAUUCGAUCUUGUGGAUGAACUAUAUGUCAUUUAACUUACAGUUGAGCGAGCUUGAUAAGGCACGUGAAAUUGGAGAAAGAGCUUUAGAGACGAUAAAUUAUCGAGAAGAGCAGGAGAAAUUAAACAUCUGGAUUGCAUUGUUGAAUUUAGAGAAUAGUUUUGGUACUGACGAGUCGUUGGAUGCAGUAUUCAAAAAAUCGUGUCAAUAUAUGGAUUCAUUCACGAUGCAUCAGAAAUUAGUAAACAUUUAUAUAAUGAGUGAGAAAUUCGAACAGGCUGAAGAAAUGUUUGAGAAAAUGUUGAAAAAAUUUGGUAGGGACCAUGUUUCGAUAUGGGCAUUAUAUGCAUCAUUUUUACUAGAUCAGAAUCACCUGGAGAAAAUCCAUGAUUUGUUAUCUCGAGCAUUACAAGUUUUGGCUAAACGCGAUCACAUUGAGGUUGUUCGGAAAUUUGCUCAAUUGGAAUUUAACAAGGGAGAUCCCGAACAAGCGAGAUCAUUAUUUGAGGGAUUGAUUGCUGAUGCACCAAAGAGAAUCGAUCUAUGGAACGUGUACAUUGACCAAGAAAUCAAAUUAAAGGAGAAUAACAAUAAGCAAGAAAGCAAUGUUGAUAAUAUAAGAGAUUUAUUUAAUCGAGUUGUUGAGAAUAAGAAAGUAUCGCGAAAACAAGCAAAAUUUUUCUUUAAUAAAUGGAUGAAAUUCGAGGAGAAAUUAGGCGAUGAAAAGAUGAUGACGAGAGUCAAAGCUAAGGCUAUUGAAUAUGUUCAAAAUCAAGAAUCUUCUAACUGA